UGCAAUUUAUGUCAAAGAGAGAAGUGCAAGAAGAAAACGAUGCUGAAUCUUUGAUGACAGCACUUGCGGCAAGUGUAAGCAUGCACCAACUAGAGAACACUAGUAGUGGCAAUUGCUUAUUUGAGUCAUUCGCUCUUCUCAUCUACGGAAGUAGUUCACUGCACAGGCAGGUCAGAGAGGAGGCGGUUGAGUACAUCAGAAAUAACUCUGACACUUUCAUGGAUGCAGUAGUCGCAAUUGAAAACGACGACCAUGCAGCACCUGCCCGUGUACAAUUCAAUCGCUAUUUGAGCAAUAUGUCAAGAGACACACAUUGGGGAGAUGCUGUUUGUAUUGAAGCUCUUGCAAUGCGCCACAAAUUGCGAGUGUCAGUUUAUGUUUCGCCAGCUGGCUACAGAGUAGAGCUAAACAGUGAAGGAGCAGAAACUAAACGGCAUGUUCACAUUGCCAGCAUCAGCAACAGGCAUUUUAGAGCAAUGGUGCCAGACAGAAUUGACAAUUUUGAACAAAUACCGUUGUCAGUUUACCCUCCUUUGCCUUUUGCAAGGCUUUCUUCAAUGCAAGACAUGCUGAACAAUUUAACUUACGAACACCUAUGCUCAUUCGUUGGGAGAAACGGUAUCUAAACUUUACUAUUGUGUGAGUAAAGACAAUACGAUAAUUUGUUGCAGUUACACCGGGAAAUGCCAACUACAGUGCUGUUACUACUGGAUCGUUGUCUCUAAUUGAACUGGAAUGGCUGCAUCAAACAAUCGAAGAUCUGCCCGUAUCCUUACUGGCAGUGAGAUCAGACACGGACGCUGUACUUUCAAUAUCGAUCUUGUACAGAGAAUUGGAGAGUAGUACCAACACGUCUACGAAGAGUAGAAAAAAGUCUGUACGUGACAUAUGGAUAGACGUAAGUCAAAUGAGGUCUACAAAAAAAGGCACGUAAAUGGCAUUCAAUAAAAUACAGACAAGACAAUCUACACUAUUACUGUAAACUUCACAUCUGCUUUUAGCUGCCAGAAGAAAUCUUACUGAGUUAUUUUAUUUGCCACCAAGCCUCAUGAAAGUGGUUCAACACCUAUUCAGUCAAGUUAGAAAUAGAGGUGACAAUGUGGCACAAAUUGGAUCAGAAAGCCUAAGUGCAGAAGAUUUCCAAAAACUGAAAGAAAAUCAAUGGCUUAACGACAACAUUAUAAACUUCGUGCACGAAAUGUUUGAAACUUACGUGAAUUCGUUGAGACCGCAACGUGUUAAGCGUUUGUCCAGCUUUUUGUUUACAAAGAUAUCGAAAGACCUCCAUGGAGCAGAACGCUGGACAAGAAAGAUUAAUCUGUUUCAAUACGAAAUAAUUGCAAUUCCAAUUCACUUAGCGCAAGACUUUCAUUGGAUUGAAGUGGUUAUAGACCUUUGUCAUCAGUGCUUUUUGGUAUUCGAUUCAUUUGGAGGAAACCAUCAUUCCGUUGUGGAUAUUUUAAAAAAAUGGAUAACCAAAGAAAGUACUUUGCAGACUAGUCAAAGGCUGUAUACUUCAACAUGGCCAAUUAUCUACGCUGUUUCACAAAAUUUUCCACAACAAGAAGACCCAGUCAAUUGCGGAAUCUGGACAUGCAUGAAUAUGCUAUCGGCUGCUGUAAACAACCCAAGAUUAACUCUUAAUAUCGAUCCUAACCGUAUUCGUCUCUGGUUGGCCGCAAGAAUCUUGUGGGUCGGCUGCAGAGAAAGGUUGACUGAGUUCACUGAGUACUACAAAGAUAACAAAGAAGAUGAACCAGAAUACCCCGUAGAAAGCAGUCCAAAGACCAUACACGAUCAGUUUGAAGAACAUGAUGAUAUAGCUCUUUCUCCGAUACCUUGUUCUAACUCUGAUACUUCAUCAAAUGUGAUUUCCUUCAAACCUGAAUCAAUUGCCAACCUUGUAGAAGGAUCGACUAUAGAAGAUAUGAACAGUUUCAUGGAGACACAUGAGAAGAAUGCUGAAGAUAAUGAAGAAGUUCCACCACAACCCAAACGCAGAAAGCUUUCUGAUGUUGAAAGCAACAUUUUGAAGCAUUCCAAAAGACCAAGCUUCGCCUUUACGAAACGGAUGAGAGAAUGUCUUAGAACUAGAGACGAACUUACAGAUGAACACAUUUCUUUGGCGCAAGUUCUUUUGAAAGCACAGUUCCCCCACAUAGACGGCCUUCAACCUCCCUUGCCAUCAAGGGUUGAUGAUUUCAGGACAGUGGAACAGGAAAGCAUACAAAUCCACAAACUGGAGAAUGAACAAUGGGUAACGUCCAGCAACAUCGGGCAAAAAGUUGCCCUUUAUUACAGCAAUUUUCCAGGGUUCCAAAUUGAUCCACAUCUAAGCCAACAACUGGGAGUGAUUUACCAGCUUGCUGCGUUGGAAGAGGACAGCGAUAGUGAAGAACAGGAUUUUCAAAACCUAUCCUUGCAUGUAGAAUUGCCCUAUGUGCAGCAGCAAGUGAGGGUCAAUGACAGUGGUCUUUUUGCUAUUGCAUUCGCAGUGCAUCUAGCACGUGGAGAAGACUUAACCACCGCGAAAUAUGACCAGCAACAAAUGAGAGAACAUCUUGCCAAAUGUUUUAGACGAAAGUCAUUGACUCCGUUUCCGCUGGAGACUAACAUAUCUAAUAAACAGCGUCCGUCUAAACGCAGAGGUACAACAAUUGAGCUAUGCAGAAUGUGUCUAAUGCCUGCGACAUAUGACAAUUCGAGUGUCUGCCCACAGCACAUCAACAUCUUGGAGCCAGACAAUUUAGAAGAGGAAUCGCACGGUAGUAGCAACGGUACAGAUUUAUUUUUAUAAUCACUCUAUAAGAAACAGUCACUAGCACUUAUAAUUAGUUUUAAUAGUUUGUAAUUGUAACAGGAACUAAAAUAAUCGUAUUUUCUAUAAUAUGUUGAUAACAUUGACUUUCCUAUCUAAUGGAUUAAGUAAAUGAGAAAGA